CAACCGCAAACAAUUCUUAAGUUGGACAAACCAAAAAAUCUGGGAAAAAAACAAAGACUUCCUCAGACACAUACAGAUUUCAUUAUCCAUCCAAAAAAGAAUACACAUGGCAAAAUAACAAUGGAGCUGCAACAUGAAUUGAUUACAUUUGGCUGUCUCCAAAUUCAAACUGGAGAUGAUCAAAUAAUACCACACAACACAUCUCUCAAAACAAAUGCAUUCAAUAAUAAAGCAACAAAGGCAAAGCAAUGGAAGCUAUUCCAAGAAAACCUGGACAAGAAAAUAGAAUGGCAAGAAGAAUUACACAACACCACCCAUAUGUCAGUAGAAAGACUCUGGAACAUCACCUGGAAUAGUAUCUGCACAGCAGCAAAAAGACAUGUCAGGAAAGCAAAUCCAAAAAAGACCCCACAUGCAAACAAGGAAAAAACUACUCCCAAUCAUACAAUCUCAACCAAAAUAUCAGCUCAGUUUAUAACCUUGAGAAACUUGUACAUCUAG